GACUCGCUGAUAGAGACAUUCUGAUGGGAUAGUCCACAGCAAACCUGUUCCGCAAAGACAGACUGAGAUGUCAUGGAGCAAUUUGGCUUCAUUCCCAUGGUCUCAGCUCUCCUACUGUCAAUGACAGACCACGCUCAGACACAGGAAGAGUUCUCAGGAGAUGAUAAUCGUGGAAGAGUUUUAGUUUUUGACGUUGAUACAUCAACAAAGUUGCCAAAUAAUUCUAAGGCCAUUUUAAAUAAAUCAGCGGAAGGUCUACUAACCAGCAGUUUCACCAGAAUGGUGCUGCCCAGCUUUUAUACCAUUGUCUUUGUCAUCGGGCUCCCAGCCAAUGGGUUAGCCAUGUACAAUCUCAUCACCAAGGCCCAGCGAUUACCGUCCACCAUCUUCCUGAUGAACCUGGCUGUAGCUGACCUGCUCCUGUGCCUCGUGCUGCCGUUCAAAAUUCACUAUCACUUCCUGGGCAACCACUGGCUCUUUGGUGAGGCUCUGUGUCGGACAAUGACCGCCUUCUUCUACGGGAACAUGUACUGCUCCAUCCUGCUGCUCACCUUCAUCAGUGUGGACAGAUACUUCGCUCUGGUCCACCCGUUUCUCUCCAAGCGAUUCCGGGACAAUGGCUUCGCUGUCAGGAGCUGUUGUGUGAUUUGGCUGCUUGUUGUCGUUGCCAUGUUACCGUUUCUCCUCCGCAGACAGACCUAUCCAAUCCAGAACCUCAACAUCACCACCUGCCAUGAUGCUUUACCAACAUCAUUGGUCACUGAUUAUUUUUUUUACUACUUUUUGUGUUUGGUUGUGUUUGGGUUUUUUAUUCCGUCUCUUAUUACUAUAUUCUGUUACCUGUCUAUCGUCAGAUCAUUGAUAUUGGAAGAAAGCAAGUAUUCUAAAGCUAUAAUGACCAUGGUGUUGGUACUGACUGUGUUUUUGAUAUGUUUCACUCCCAGUAAUAUAACUCUGUUGGUACAUCACUCACCGAUCCACCUCACUAACAGCAAUGACCUGUAUUUACUCUAUCUGAUCUGCCUUCUGCUCAGCACCUUCAAUAGCUGCCUUGACCCUUUCAUCUAUUAUUAUAUUUCUGAGGAAUUUCGGAAUGAAGUCAGAAGAAUAGUAUUUAAUAAAGUCAAGAAAGGUAAAGGAUCUAGGAAUGGCUUCAUUCAUACAGACAGCUCCUCAGCGUCCAGAUCAGCAGCCACACUGAGAUAUGUUUAACUGGAAUGGGAUUGUCAAGGAGAAAGUGAAUGGGUUCAAUGGAAAAUUUUCUGACAGUACAAUUUCAGGAUGGUAAACAAUUAAAGAAGCAAACAGCAUUUUUGGUUUUAUAAAUUAACACACUGGAUGUGAAGGUGCAGGGGGUAUCAGAAAGCAAUUCUGUGCUAAUCAAGUUACCAAUCAAGAGCUGUGUGCAGUUUUGGGAACCCCAUUAGGAGCUGCAAGGGCCUGAGAGUGAGCAGUAGAAAUUUACUGGAAUCAGACAGUCAUUCCAAACAGAGAAUAGAUCAACACCAUUGUGACAGGAUUAGUGUCCUUGUGAAGGGUGGAACAGAGAUUUGUAAACUAUGAAACGCCUUUGCUCAGCUGCAUCAUAAAAAGGCAUGUUCUCUAAUUACAGCAUCAGGAAUUGAGGAAAUAGUUUUAAAUAAUCAAAAACAAAGAGGAAAAGAAUUAGGAGGAAUUCCAUUUUCACAGACAGCUGUUAACAGACAAAUUCCUGUCACAGGAAGUGGUGGAGACACAGACUAUUGCAUCUGGAAAUGAAGAAUUAGAUAAAUAUUAGGUCAUGAGUACAAGUACUGUGGAGUGAGGCAGGUGGAUUAGUUUAGGGAUUGAUACCGGGCAAUGGGGAGAGAGUGCGGCAGUGGGGUUAUUAUGGAAAUUAGAAGUUUGGGAUUUUGGGAAUUUAUGGGCUAAUUUUUCUAUAUUUUGCGACACUUUAUAACUGUAACAUCAAUAUUUUUAAAUGUCUAUAUAACCCUGUCAACCUAUAGAUUCCAAGUCUGCUCACUGUGUCGCAGUGAUCCCCUUAAUGACUUGAACUGCUUUCAGGAAUUCGGUUUGAGCUCACCUGAGCCAGUCUUCGGAUAUCUUGAUACCUCAUCUGCUGUUCUUCAGACAGACAAUGUCAAUGUGAUCCCAGAUCUUACAUCUCGUCCCAGAUCUGACCACCCUCUCAAAUGCUGCAAUACUUCCUGGCCUCAGUAGCUCACUACAUUGACCAUUCACCAGGCUCAUCCACAGUGCUCCCCAAGGCCUGGAUUAAUCCCAGUAUUAACACACACACUCGCCUCAUUCCUGGGAAGUUUAGCAAGGUGAAUUCCCAUUGGGUGGGUAUAGAGGGGUUUCCCACUGGUCCAGUGCAGAUGGGGAAAUAUGUCCUUUGAGCUGAACACUCCAGGCUUGAAAGCUGUUUCUGGAAGCUCAUCAAUUCUGCCUGGUAACUGGGAGUGGCCACUCAAUAAUUAAUACACAUCCUGAGGACAAGGAAGGAGAACACAGACACUGCACUUAUGGAGCUGAACAACAGAGAACGUGCAGAUAAGAAAAAGCCAGAAGGCAACAAAACGUGAGGGUGUGGGGGGAAGGAGAAAGUGAGAAAUUA